GGCGCAAUGGCUGCAGUUGAUUGCAUUCUGAAAUUAGGAGGUAGUGCAUUGACGCAGAAAAGCCAGCUGGAGACGCUGAAAACGGAGUCAUUGCGGAGGGCGGCUGUUCUUGUUUCGAAGCUCUGGGAGGCCGGAGAAAGACGUUGCAUAAUUGUGCACGGCGCAGGGUCCUUUGGGCAUUUCCAAGCAAGAGAAUAUGGUGUUGCAUUGGGGACAUCAGGAAGAUCAGCUGCAAGUGACAAUUUGAGACAAGGGCUGUGUUUGACUAGGCUUUCUGUCACCAAGUUGAACCAUUUGGUGACAGAACAAUUGAUUAGUGUUGGAGUUCCAGCAGUGGGGAUUUCGGUUUUUGGGAUCUGGAAAACAACAAACAAGAAUAUCACCGAGGCUGAUAUUGAUGCCGUGAAGGACAUUUUAGAUGCAGGUUAUAUCCCUGUAUUACAUGGAGAUUGUGCCCUGGACUUGGAACAACACUGUUGUAUCUUAUCUGGAGAUACAAUUAUUGAGGUUUUAGCUAAGACAUUCUGUCCUAGGCGAGUUGUGUUUCUCACAGAUGUGAAUGGAAUUUACAGUUGUCCACCUGAUACCCCAGGUGCUAGGCUGCUGGAUUCCAUUGUCAUUGGUCCUGAAAGAACUAUGGAGCGAACUGUGCUCACAUCUGCACUACCACAUGAUACUACUGGAGGAGUGUCCUUGAAACUACAAACUGCCAUAAAUAUAGUUUCUUGGAGUCAUGGAUCCAUUCCUGUUCUGAUCUGCAAACUGGACAGUGACGCCGCUGUAAAGGCUUGCUUGACUGGGGAAUUGGAAGAAGGUGAAGGCACAAAACUUUCUUUUGUGGAUACGUGAAGUUUUUUGUAAAGGGACCGUGAAUCGUGUGCAGAAGAAUUUCUGGGAGAUUCAUAAAUUUUGUUUCA